CUGCAGGAGGUGGCCGUGCUGUACCUUCACCCUUCAGCUUUCUGGGUCAUGUGGACUGUGGAAGGCUUUCCAGCUGGUCAAGAGGUGGAGUUGGAUGGGAUUGUCCUACGGAAAGAGAUGCAGAGAACCAGGAUGAAGGGCAGGAAGGACAUGCACUGUUGAUUUGGGAGGCAGGGGGGAAGAAUUUAAAGAUUCUGGAGAUAUUCAGCGGCAUUCAGGGUAGGACAUAUAAACUCUGGCAGAAAUCCUGGGGGCAUCUGAUUUCAUGUGCCGCCCCUCCCACAUGGCACCUCUGAUGGAGGGUUCUGUUUUAGUUUUGCACAAUUUUGUAAAACCAAAGCUGGGAGUGGUUAGACUCUAGGUUUCUAAUCAAAACACACUUAACAUAUGGAUUCCUCUGCCCCUUUGAGGCCCCUCAUUUAACCUGUGCAGGAUGUGUAGGAGGGGUGGGGAUUUUAUUAAAUGGGUUGAGGAGGUAAUUGUUGUCAACACUUGUGAAUGUAUUGCUGGUCUCACCCACUUUGUUGUUUCCCUUAAAGCCUCAGCUCAUGCAGCCAGGGCAUUGUGUGAGAAUCUCAGCUUCCAUUUGAAUGGGGCAGGGAACAUCUGGGAGACAUGAUGUCAUCUAAGGAAGCUUUUAAAUAAUUUUUUAACUAUGAUUUUUACCAUGCAGGCCUCUGACUGGUGAGUUGCAGGCGCCCAGCCACACUUGGGGAUUGCACCCCACCUGGCAGAAGAGUUGCCCUCUUUCCUCAGGGCUGAGGAGAAGAGCCAACCAGAUGCAUGUGAGGAGGCCCUAGCUCUACUUUGCCCAGGCACAAAUGAAAAGCAGUACUUGUGACACCUUAGAGACUAACCAAUUUAUUUGAGCAUAAGCUUUCGUGAGCUACAGCUCACUUCAUCGGAUGCAACUGAUGCAUCCGAUGAAGUGAGCUGUAGCUCACGAAAGCUUAUGCUCAAAUAAAUUGGUUAGUCUCUAAGGUGCCACAAAUACUCCUUUUCUUUUUGCGAAUACAGACUAACACGGCUGCUACUCUGAAACCAGGCACAAAUGUAGCUGUUGUGACCCUCACCCCAGAGCUCCGCCCUGCCCCACCAGCGCCUACGGGGCGGACAGCCGAGGCAGUGACAAACUACAACUCCCAGGGUGCCGAGCGCCGUGCAGACGACAACUCCCAGGGUGCGCUGCGAACAAUCCUCCAUGUGAACAAGUCCCAGGAUGCCCCGCGCCGGGCCCGCUGCGAGGGCCGAGGGGCCAGCGGGGCACUACAAAUCCCAGGAUGCCCAGCGCCUGGGGGGGGGGGGGCGGAUGAGCGUCUCUGUGCGGCUCCCGCUCCCGGAGCGGUGCGGGGGUGGGAGGCGGAAACGGCGCCGCGGAGUCGGAGCGGGGGUAUGAGGAAGGGGACGAGGGAGGAUCACCACAUUGUAAGACUUCUGAGGAAAGUAAAAAAGAGUGAAUAAGCAGUUGGGACACCAUGAUGGAUAACCGCUUUGCUACAGCUCUAGUAAUUGCCUGCGUGCUCUGCCUCAUUUCCACCAUUUAUAUGGCAGCCUCAAUCGGUACAGAUUUCUGGUAUGAGUACCAUAGCUCAGCUGGAAAUGCCAGCGAACUUGGCAGGAGUAUUUUGGAGGAAUUCACCAGUAUGGAAGCAGAUGAGAAGACUUAUACAGAUGCACUGUUCCGGUGCAAUGGCACAGUUGGAUUGUGGCGGAGAUGUAUCACUGUUCCCAAAAACUCUCACUGGUACAGCCCACCAGAAACUGAUAUGGUCAGAAGCUGCAUCAGUUUUUCCCUCUCUGAUCAAUUUGCGGAGAAGUACAUGGAGCCUGGGAACCACAAUAGUGGUAGUGACCUGAACCGGACCUAUCUUUGGCGUUUGCAGUUUCUCCUGCCCUUCGUCAGCCUAGGGCUGAUGUGCUUUGGGGCUUUGAUUGGUCUUUGUGCUUGUGCCUGUCGCAGCCUCUAUCCUGCCAUUGCCAUAGGAGUCCUACAUUUCCUUGCAGGUCUGUGUACGCUGGGCUCAGUCAGCUGCUACGUAGCUGGAAUUGAGCUGCUCCACAAGAAGCUGCACCCACCUGAUGAUGUGCAGGGUGAAUUUGGCUGGUCCUUCUGCCUGGCUUGUGUCUCUGCUCCUUUACAGUUUAUGGCAGCUGCCCUCUUCAUCUGGGCAGCCCGCACCAACAGGAAGGAAUUCAUGCUCUUGAAAGCAUACCGUGUAGCAUAAAUAGGACACUUCAUUCAUGGCCAGUUGCUGCUUCACAGUAUUUUGUUUCAAUAUCAUAGGCCUUUUUCCAGUCGUACCCCAUCCUUCUUUUGGACAGGUAUCUGCUCCAUGCGCUGUGUGCUUCUUGCCAGUUGAGUUUCAGCGGUCUGCAGGUUUUGAAGACAAAGGCCUCUGGGCCAAAUUACCAAACUUGAACAGCUUUCUCUUGCCAGAAGUCUGCAGAAUUUUAACAGACUUUUACUGUAUAAUUUUUUAAAAAAACUUUUAUUUGUUUGUGGAAGUAGUCUUAAGAGUUCAUCCCCUUUUUUUAAUUAUACUACCCUAACUGGACACUCACAUCUAAAUCUGCUUUGAAAAAACAGGAGAGGCAUUGUGGGGCAGAGGAUGAAUAGGAGAAGAAUGAGAGAACUGCAGAGUGUGAGUAAUAGAGAAUUGAGCACUACAUGUUAUGAGAUCCCAGCAGGUGAUGCACUCUAAGAGCACCAAGCAGAGAUGGAUGUGCAGAAUUGUGUGUAGAAAUGUUAUAGCUACAUCUGUGUUGUAAUUUGCUUUGUUUCUUUCUCUCUCUCACUCUCAUUAGUUUCUCCUCUCAGCCUUUUAUGACCAGACUGAUGUGAUUGGGGCAUUCAGCUGUAGCUUUUGUGCCUGCUCUAAAAUCGGGCCCUUCCUUUACUCUGUUGAAGGGGCAGGCCUCAUGCAAGGUUUGGAUUUUUAAUUUGGUUAACGUGUGUAUGUAUGUGUAUAUAUAUAAAUAAAUCUAACUUUUUGUAAAGCUUA